CUUUAACCUGGAAUGCGUUAAAUCUUUCAAAUGAUAUACAGGUUUGGGAUGGCAUUACAGACGCUAGGAUAAAUUUAUGCUCGCGUUUCGAACUUCGUGUGGCCGAUCAAGAAUACUUUUCUCUCAUUUUGGAACGCCGAUUUCGAAUUUAG